CCUUUGUGGGUUUGACAGGGAAACAGGCAAUCAGAGCGAGCGAGUGUCUCCACCCCGCCGAAGGCUGCAGAGUCGACGAACACACUUUAAUAUGUCACCCAGGUACUGAGUUGAGCUCCCCAAGACAAAAUGAGCGACAAAGGUCUAUCGGACGAGUUGGUGGCGGCGGCAUGUAAGGAUGGAGACUCAAUUACCAAGGAUUUCAUGAUGCAGCAGACGAUGCUGCGGGUGAAAGAUCCAGUUAAAUCCUUGGAUUUCUACACCAGGAUCCUUGGCAUGACGCUGCUGCAGAGGUUUGACUUCCCCUCCAUGCGCUUCUCCCUCUUCUUCCUGGGCUAUGAGGACAAGAAUGAGAUCCCCGCCGACGUCAAGGAGAGGACGUCCUGGACUUUCUCCCGCAGGGCCACCAUAGAGUUGACGCAUAACUGGGGUUCGGAGUCAGAUGAAAGCCAGGCGUACCACAACGGAAACUCUGAUCCACGUGGCUUUGGCCACAUCGGCAUCGCGGUGCCGGACGUCAACAAGGCUUGCAAGCUGUUUGAAGAGCAAGGUGUUACCUUCGUCAAGAAACCCGAUGACGGUAAAAUGAAAGGACUGGCCUUCAUCCAGGACCCUGACGGCUACUGGAUUGAGAUCCUGAGUCCCAACAAUAUGACUUCCAUCACCUCAUAAAAAAGGGAUAAGAGGAGCAUUGCGCUUUUAGGGAGGCUCUUGGUUGUGGAGCACAGUGUGGGAAAAUUAUGAAAACGUCAAGUUAGCGGCAUUUAAGCUGCUCCACCAUGGGACAUUUAGAGUAAACCAAUAAACCUUUUUGUUCUGAAAUAACUUUAUUGUGUGUGAAAGCACAGUAGUUGCGAUAUGGUGCUGUAUGUAAUAAAUGUGAGAGCUGGCGUUCAAAUGCAAGUGAGAGCGUUUUCCUCUGGUGCUUUUCAAAAUAAAAUCAUUUACUGCAA